GUCAUAAGGGGUGUGAUUGGUUAGGUUGAGGUAAGAAUAUCACGAUCGGAGCCAAUCAGAAGCAGAGUAGGGAUGCGGGUAGGGAAAAAGAAUAACGCAUAGAUAAUGGCAUAGAUUUUUCAUGCUGUAAACACAGUGAGUCUCUUCACCCACCUUAAGAGAAACACUGUGCUUGUAUAAUGCCGCGGCGCCGCGAAUACAGGCCGUGACAACCGUUUACAUCGGGCGGGACAGAAAAUACCACCCCGUGCUGUCUUAUUUUUGUCACGGCUGCCGUCGCUGAAGCUGAACUCCCGGGAUCAAAACAUGGAGCUGCUAACUAACAAUGCAAACGUUAGCUCAGCCAGCUAGCAGCCUGUCAGGCUUUGACAUUUCAGAGGAAGAGGAAUUGAGUAUCGUUGUCAUCUGGUUGUCUCGAAACUUGUGUUAUUGGUUGCACGGUUGACAGCUUCGAGUUUGUCACAGAUGUCGACAAGGAAGAACAAGUCUAUGUAAACACCCCGCUGUAUGUUUAGCUUGUCAGUUAGCAGCUGUUGUCCUUGUUGGUUAUUGCUGGAACUGUUAGCUAUCAGAGUAAUUUGUUGCUGAAUGGGGCGGGGAGUUUUUACAUGCUAGUAUAACGUUAGAUAUCAUUAGACAGUUCAGGAAGACGUUGUCAAACAAAAUGGUGUUGAGGAGUUGCUGGAAAUCUCGACAUAAAGGCAGCUCCGGACCUGUUCCUUGCUGGCUACGGCCAGGAUUGGCAGCCCUGCUCUGGUUCUGUGUGAGCCAGUUAGUCUGCGGCAGUGUGGCGUUUGGGGAGAUCAAAAACGUGAUUCAGAAAGAUGCAGAAUUUGAUGUCACCUACAAUGACACGGUUACAAGUGAAAACCAGACCAUCUAUGCUUUCAAUCACACUGUCUCCAGGAAUAAGACUGAGGGAGUGCGUGUGACUGUGGAUGUGUUGUCACAGAGUCUGGAGAGCCCCAUCCUGUUUGUUGUACGGCAAAAGCAAGCUGUGCUGUCUUUCCAAGUCCCUCUCAUCCUCAGAGGCCUCUACCAGAGGAAGUACCCUUACAAACACGUGGGCCGGACACUGUGCCAGCCUCCCACCCGGGCCGCCUCAGAGACCCAGUACUUCUUUGUGGAUGUGUCUACCCUAUCCAGCCAGGGUACAAACUACCAUCUCAGGGUUAGCCGUGUUGAAAGCUUCACCCUGCAGACAGAUAAGAAAUUCAGUUUCAUCGCGUCGCCAUCGCAACCUCAGUACUUCAAGUAUGUCUUUCCAGACGGUGUGGACACUGUUAUCGUCAAGGUCAGCUCAGACAUGGCCUUUCCCUGCUCAGUUAUGUCCAUCCAGGACAUCCAGUGCCCUGUCUAUGACCUGGACAACAACGUGGCCUUCAUUGGGAUGUACCAGACUAUGACCAAAAAAGGUGCCAUCACCGUGCAGAGAAAAGAUUUUCCCAGCAACAGUUUUUAUGUGGUGGUAGUGGUGAAAACGGAGGACGAGGCGUGCGGCGGUCCGCUGCGCUUCUACCCUCUGCGUCCCGAUGAGCUGAUUGAUGCCGGCAACCGCAGCAAGAUCGUUGAUGUUGUGGUCACUCCUGCCAUCAACUCGGAGGUGUAUGUGAUGGGCAUGCUGUUCUGUCUGGGUAUUUUCCUCUCCUUCUACCUGCUCACCUUGCUGGUGGCCUGUGUGGAGAACAAGCGAAUGAAUAAGAGGAGAGAGAUGUUUCAGAAUCCUGCUGACAUGUCGCCUGCUGAGACAGCCUCUCUGCUUGGGAAGAACGGAGACGGUAAAACUCCAGCCUCACCUUAUGAAUAUGGCUCCUUUGCUGACAACUGCAGCACAUUGAGUUCAGAGGCCGUCACCGACAGCGCCACAUCAACUGAUAACAACUAUGGAUACAUGGAGCGAUCGUUGGACAGUGUUGGACGAAGCAGACAGGAGUCUCUGAGCUCUGUGGAGGAGGACGACUAUGACACGCUGGAUGACAUCAAUUCAGACAAAAACAUUGUCCGCACCAAGAAAUUUCUGUGUGUGUCUGACCUGGCUCGCAAAGACAAAAGGGUCCUCAGCAAGAAAUACCAAAUCUACUUCUGGAACAUUGCCACCAUUGCUGUGUUUUACGCCCUGCCAGUUAUCCAGCUGGUCAUCACCUACCAAACGGUUGUCAACGUUACAGGAAAUCAAGACAUCUGCUACUACAACUUCAUGUGUGCCCACCCGCUGGGAGCUCUAAGUGCUUUCAACAACAUCCUCAGUAACCUCGGCUACGUGAUGCUGGGACUCCUCUUCCUCCUCAUUGUCCUGAAGAGAGACAUCGUCCACAACCGAGCCCUGGUCCGCAACGACCUCAAUGCACUGGAAUGUGGCAUCCCGAAGCACUUUGGUCUGUUCUAUGCCAUGGGAACUGCUCUGAUGAUGGAGGGCUUGCUCAGUGCCUGCUACCACGUCUGUCCCAACUACACCAACUUUCAGUUUGACACCUCCUUCAUGUACAUGAUUGCCGGGCUGUGCAUGUUGAAGCUUUAUCAGAAGAGACAUCCAGACAUCAACGCAAGCGCUUACACUGCCUACGCCUGCCUGGCCGCAGUCAUCUUCUUCUCUGUGCUGGGAGUGGUAUUUGGGAGAGGAAACACGGUAUUUUGGAUCGUUUUCUCUGUGAUCCACAUUUUGGCUACGCUCCUCCUCAGCACCCAGCUCUACUACAUGGGCAGGUGGAGGCUCGACUCCGGGGUCCUGCGCAGGAUGGUGUACAUCAUCUACACAGAUUCAAUCAGACAGUGCAGUGGACCCAUGUACAUCGACCGUAUGGUUCUGCUUGUGAUGGGGAACAUAGUCAACUGGUCUCUGGCGGCUUAUGGCCUCAUAGAGAGACCCAAUGACUUUGCCUCCUACCUGUUGGCCAUUGCCAUCUGUAACCUGCUGCUCUACUUUGCUUUCUACAUCAUUAUGAAGCUGCGGAGUGGUGAGAGAAUCCAGUGUCUCGCAUUGGUUUGUAUUCUCUUCACAGCUGUGGUGUGGGGCUUUGCUCUGUAUUUCUUUUUCCAGGGUCUCAGUACCUGGCAGAAAACUCCAGCAGAGUCUCGUGAGCACAACAGGGACUGUAUCCUCCUCUCAUUCUUUGACGAUCAUGACAUUUGGCACUUUCUCUCCUCCAUCGCCAUGUUUGGAUCCUUCCUGGUCCUCCUGACCAUGGACGACGACCUUGACACCGUCCAGAGAGACAAGAUCUACGUCUUCUAGAUUUGUCAGAUCUCCUGUGAUGAGCUCAGCUCUUCGUCUCUGCCUUAUCGCCCUUCUCGCUCUGUUUCCGUCUCCUUUGUGUUCUUAAAAAGCACAAACCAGUAGCCUGUUUCCCAAGCUGUCGAUGGGCAUGUCGCUGCCGCUCGGAGCCAAUCAGGGAGGGCAAUAGCCCCUCCCUCCACCCGUAUGGACACUUAAUGUGCCAAUCAAGAGUUGGGUCGAAGUCGAGUGAUGCUGAAGUGUUUUGUCCUCUCGCUGCCAUCGUCAAUUUAACAGUUGUAAUGAAUCGAUGUUUACUUUCUGCUGACGAUGAAGAUAACAAUGUACUCUUGCGAAAAAUACUGUAUGAAUUAACUUAUUUUAUAUUAUCCACAUUGCAUUUUACCUAAAAGUCAACAAUGCAUUUUGAAAUUACUGUUUGUAUGCUGUUUAUAUGCUGUAUGUGUGUUUGUACAGGUGUGUGUGUUUACAAACAUUGAUGUGAGAACAUGAAUCCUGUCCAGUCUGUCAGUGGCCUUCAACGUACUAAUCAUGUUAGUCACAUACUGUGCUGAUUGGUCAGAUGCUCAAGAUAACCGUCCGCAUUGGAGAAUAUUGAUGAUGAAGAUGAUAAUGAUUGUAUUCUACUUUGUAACUGCCCUCAAGUCUGACUGCGAUGGUAUUUUUUUGCACUGUACUGUAUGAAAAACUGAUAUUAAUGUCAAACAUUGAAAUGAGCAGUUACUGAAUAAAGGUCUCAUUUUCAGAUCCCUAAA